AUGGCCCCCAAGGAUUACACCGAUACCAGUUUCUUGCCAUUUCCUACUCGUAACCGGAGGACAACCGUGGACGAACAGUCCGCUCAUUUUGUUGAGAUGAUCCAGAAGAUACAUGUUAAUGCCCCUCUGCUGGACGUAAUGCAUGUACCGACAUAUGCCCGUUACAUCAAGGACAUCAUCCACAACAAGCGACCCUUGCCCUCCACGGAGGUUGUCAAGCUGACGGAGGAAUGCAGCGCAACUAAACUUAACUGGCCUCCAGAGAAGAAGAAAGAUCCAGGGUGCCCAACAGUCACGUGUUCAAUUGGGGCACAGCACUUCGGCCGUGCUUUGUGUGACCUGGGAGCCAGUGUCAGCAUGAUGCCUAAAGCCGUCUACGACAAGCUAAACUUCACGCACCUCACACCAACACCAAUGCAUCUCCAGCUAGCUGAUUCUUCAAUUCAUUACCCAGAAGGGAUUGCUGAAGAUGUUUCGGUCAAGAUUAAGGAUUGCUUCAUCCCUGUCGACUUCAUCGUGUGUUGA